AUGACGCCAUUGGGGCCGAAGGUGCUGGCGAAAGAGUUCGCGACACCCGGAAGCAUGUCUGUGGAUACCCCGACUGAGAAGAAGUGCGAUGAGUGGUGGGGCGACGAGUCCUGGCACUCAGCCUGGGAUGCACACGGCUGGGAUUCAUGGUACCGCCGCACCCCAUCGUCCUGGGACGGUUGGGGUUGGGGUAGCGGCUCUUGGAGUGCAGGUGACUGGCAGGCCUCAUCUGUGCAAUGGGGCCGCCGGGGCGCUGUGGAGGAGAUUAAGGCAGAAGAAGAGAGCCAGCCAGAUCUGGAAACACUGCUCGAGAGAGCCUACGAAUCUUAUGGCGAGAGCGACAGUGGAUCGGAGAAGGAAAAAGGCUCUAGAUCUUUGAGGAGCCUGGAUUCCGCCACCACCUUGGCACUGGGCAGUCUCAGCAGAGAGAGCUUGGAGGAACCGCCCAUUGAGAAGGGCAUCGAGACUGAAGAGUACAUCGCGAAGACGGUUCAGGAAGACACGCUGAGCCAGCGGCCAGAAGACGAGCCGAGCACUGGGGUUCCAGAAGACAAGCCGAGCACUGGGGUUCCAGAAGACAAGCCAAGCACGGGGGUUCCAGAAGACAAGCCCAGCACGGGGGUUCCAGAACACAAGCCGAGCACGGGGGCUCCAGAACACAAGCCGAGCACGGUUCCAGAAGACAAGCCAAGCACGGGGGUUCCAGAAGACAAGCCAAGCACGGGUGUUCCGGAAGACAAGCCAAGCACGGGUGUUCCGGAAGACAAGCCAAGCACGGUUCCGGAAGACAAGCCAAGCACGGUUCCACAAGACAAGCCAAGCACGGUUCCAGAAGACAAGCCAAGCACGGUUUCAGAAGACAAGCCAGGCACGGAGGUUCCAGAAGACAAGCCGAGCACGAAGCUUCCGGAACAGAAGCCGAGCACGAGUGUUCCACAAGACAAGCAGCAGAGUGGUGCAGACACGGCAGCUGGUGGCCAAGCACCCCCGCCAGUGCAGGAGGCGAACCAGCUGGUGCCGAACACCGACGACUCGUGGAGGAGGGACAAGUACGGUGUUAUCCUAUCUCCGCCUGCAUUGUACGCCAGAUUCUAUCGGUCGGGUCGGAGCCUGAGCAAGAGGCAGAAGAAGCAGGAGGAAAUCUACGUUUGGAAGACCCUGAAGUUUCUGAGGGCGGAACUGGGCGACAGUUUGGCCAACGACUUGUACGCCCGUCACCUCGAGAUCGACCCCCGCAUGACCGGCAAGCUGUUGCAGAAGCACCCGAACUUUCCGAAGGAAAUGACCUUGCUAAACAGCUUCGACACGAUCAAGGACAUCUCCCAGAAAACCUUUGAGAAUUCCGCCGAGUUCCAGAUGGAGGCAGAGAAUGUGGAUGAAGAAGACAUGCAUGAUGCAAUGGAGGCCUUAAUGGACCAAGAGAUGCCGCAGGCGCCUACAGAUGGCAAUGUGCCACCGCCGAACCCCAAACCCCGCGAGCCGAAGAAGGCAAAGAAGGAGAAGACUUGGAGGGACAAAGCCCAGGAUGCUGAUAAGCGGGCGAACAAGGAGAUCAUUGAGUAUGAAGGCUUCAAGCAGGCCAGCCACAUGAAGGCGGCCAUCAUGGCCGAUGUGGACCCCGCGAAGUGCGACCUGGAGAAGGUUAAGACUAAGGUUGCGAUUGCCAUCGGCCAGAAGCUUCCGGAAGAUUCGAUGAAGCCUCUUUUCCAUGAGCUCGAAGAUGCCCUGAAGAAGUUCAGAACGGCCUCUGAGCCGGUUCGUGCUGCUGAGAGGAAAUCCAAUGCUGCUGCUAAGCCACCAAAGGCAAAACCCAAGGCAAAGGCGAAGGCAGGAGCAAAGUAG